CAAGCGUUUGACCCAUCAACAAGAAGCGGAGGUUUGUCAGUCGACAACUACGACGCCAUCUUAUUACUUUGAGGUAGAGAGAGAGAGAGAGAGAGAGACAGAGACAGAGAGAGACAGACAAGGUUGUCAUCAUAGCUGGGAAUUAUGAGCGGAGCUAAAGCCCGCAUCGACCCGCCUGUUGCUGCUGAGAAUGUCUCGAGCACCGGGCACAGUUCCGCGGCUGUUGCACGGGGGCGCAAGCCAAGUGGAGGGGUUCUGAAGAGACUCAAGUCUCGGCGAAGCCAGGUUGAUAGUAGGCCCGUCACAGAAGAUGAUCUUCGGACACAAGUUGGCCACAUCACCCCUGAAGAGGUCCUAGGAUUGCGGGUUGCUACACGGGGGUACCUGUGUAAACCAGAGGACAACAUCUUCAACAUAGAUUUCAUCCGCUUUAAAAUCAGAGACCUGGAGACAGGGACUGUGUUGUUUGAAAUCGCCAAACCACCUCAUACAGAGGAAGAUGAGGAGAAUGGAGAGGGAGACAUGAGUGCCGGACGUUUCGUACGCUACCAGUUCACAGCUGCAUUCCUACGACUGAGGACAGUGGGAGCCACAGUGGAGUUUACAGUUGGCACCCGGCCUCUGAACAGCUUCAGGAUGAUUGAGAGGCACUACUUCAGGGAUCACCUUCUGAAGAGCUUUGACUUUGACUUCGGCUUCUGUAUCCCAAACAGCCGCAACACCUGCGAACACAUCUACGAGUUCCCUCAGCUGUCCGAGAGCUUGGUUCGUCAGAUGGUGGAGCAUCCCUACGAGACGAGAUCGGACAGCUACUACUUCGUUGACAACAGACUGGUCAUGCACAACAAGGCAGACUACGCUUAUAACGGGGGCAGGCAUUGAGUGUGUGUGUGUGUGUGUGUGUGUGUGUGUGUGUUGUGUGCCCAAGCCUAUACUCACACAACAGACUCUCCCCUGAAUGUUGAUUACUAAGUUAAAAAGCAUUUAUUGUCAUGGCAUAGCUGUAUAGUAUGGAACAGUUUAAAAACAGCAGGACAGAGCCGCGUAGAGGCAGUAUUCUGCCUAUAGUGCUUCAUCUCUGUACCACCAAAAGCAGGCAGGUUGAACCACAAUGAUGUGUCUCAACUAACCAAAUGGCUGAUUUUAGUGUGUAGUUGGACAGUUGAUGUACUGUGCACUCCUUGGCUUUUAGGGGAAUGCAUAUUCCCCACUUUUGUGAACCUCUAGUUUCCCACCAAAUUCAGCUUUUUAGAGUCAUACCCGUAAAGGACCUAACAAUGACCACACACACGCAGGAAGGCAGGCAGACAAACAAUCUUUCUCUCUCUUUCUCUCCCUCUCUUUCUAUUUCUCUCUCACAGUCGUAACCUGCUGUGCUCAGGCCCACACUACACUCUGGAUAUAUUAUUAAGACGUGAAUGGGGAAGACACCCACACACUCACUGUCAAACACACAUGCCAGCUCACUCACAUACUCCCAGGGAGACCCCCUGCAGCACAUCACCUGCAUUUACUUGUAUUAAAAUAAGGAAAUUAUUAGACGAACAGAAUCAGAACCAGGAACAAAAGUGAUCUAUACUGUUCCGGAACAGAACCAUUAUUUUAAAAGCAUGGGAACCGGUUAAUAAAGUUCUUCUUUGUUCCGGGCAUUUUUUUCCAUUCCCACAAAAAUUGCAACAAAGCGCCUAUGCAAAGCCCUCACUCUGUCACUCAGAAACGUAUUCCAGUGUCUACCUGCCAGCUGGAA